CUGCACAUGUUACGAACAACGCGCAAAAACAAAAAGGUUUAAUUGACAAUGUCAGCAGAGCCCGAAAUUGCCAAAGAUGCAGUUCUCAAGCGUAGCGAAUGCAUUCCGGCAGACACGCCUCAGGUGCACGGCUACGAUUUCAACCAGGGCAUUAACUACAGCAAGCUGCUGGAGUCCUAUGCGCACACCGGCUUUCAGGCCACGAAUCUUGGCCUGGCCAUAAGGGAAAUCAACAAAAUGUUGGAUUGCAGGGCUCAGCCGCUGGGCGCUGAGGAGCAGGAUCUGCACGAAACGGACGAGUUUAUCAGGCGGCGCACCAAAUGCACCAUUUUUCUGGGUUACACCUCGAAUCUGGUAUCGUCGGGCAUGCGAGAGACGUUGCGUUUUCUGGCCGAGCAUCGCAUGAUCGACUGCAUUGUGACAACGGCCGGCGGCGUGGAGGAGGAUUUCAUCAAAUGCCUGGCGCCAACAUUUAUGGGCUCCUUCGAGCUUGCCGGACGAGAGCUGCGCGAACGUGGCAUAAAUCGCAUUGGCAAUCUGCUGGUGCCCAAUGACAACUACUGCAAGUUUGAGGAUUGGCUAAUGCCGCUGCUCGACGAGAUGCUGGAGGAGCAGCGCAGCAAGGGUACCGUCUGGUCACCCUCACGCAUCAUACACAGGCUGGGCGAGCGUAUUGCCGAUCCGAGCUCCAUAUAUUAUUGGGCGGCCAAGAAUCACAUACCCGUCUAUUGUCCCGCUCUAACCGAUGGCAGUCUUGGUGACAUGAUGUACUUUCACUCGUUCCGCCAGCCUGGCCUGGUUGUGGACAUAUUAUCGGAUCUGCGGCGACUCAACACGAUGGCCGUCAAGGCAAUCAACAGCGGCAUGAUUAUUGUGGGCGGCGGCCUCAUAAAGCAUCACAUUUGCAAUGCAAAUCUGAUGCGCAACGGCGCCGAUUAUUCCGUUUUCAUAAACACGGGCUCCGAGUUCGAUGGCAGCGACAGCGGCGCACGACCGGACGAGGCGGUAUCCUGGGGCAAGAUACGCAAAGAGGCCACCCCUGUCAAGGUGUACGCCGAGGCCACUCUCGUCUUUCCGCUCAUUGUGGGCGAGACCUUCGCCAAACGACACUUUAGCCAGAAAGAGGCCACAUUGUAAUUGUGUAUAGAAGUAAAUAUAGUGAAUAUGUUCCAUAAACGACCAUGGAAACUAGUCCAAUUUUCU